UCCUCUCGACCCGGCUCUGCAGGCUCCUCCCCCGGCCUCGGGCCGGUGCAGCCCCCCGCGGUGAGUCCGCUGCUCCGGUUCCUCCCCGCCGGUCAUCGAGGAGCGACCGCGCCUGUGGACCAGAGGAUCCCGGCGGAUCCCGGCGGACAGAAAGAGAUGGUUUCAUCCAUGAAGAGAUCCCAGCAGGUCCAGUGACGAGUAGAACAUGACUCAGAGGAAUGGAACCGGAGGGAAGAGCGAUCACCUCCUUCACCCGGAGUCCGCCGGUGCGUGUGCGAAGGCCGAAGGCCCGGAGGACGAGAAGGUCCAGGAGGCCUGGUACUGUGAGUCCGAGGCGGGGGGGCCUGGAGGAGAGCGCAGGGACUCUGUGGCUGUGACGGCGGAGGUCAUAGCUCCAGAUGGCGGCUGGGGAUGGGUGGUGCUGGUUGCCACCAUCAUGGUCCUGGCUCUGACCCUGGGCUUCCCCACCUGUGUGGGGAUCUUCUACACUGACCUGCAGAAUGAUUUCCACGCCUCCAACAGCGAAACGUCCUGGGUGCCCUCCAUCAUGACGUCAGUGCUUCAUGCAGGAGGACCCUUCUGCAGCGUGCUGGUGGGCAGACUGGGAUGCCGAGCCACAGUCAUGCUGGGCGGAGUCCUGAGUGGGCUCGGGAUCGCCGCCAGCUCGUUCACCCAGUCCAUCGGCGAGCUCUACCUCACGGCCGGGGUCAUCACAGGACUUGGUUUCUGCUUCAGCUUCCAACCAGCUGUGACAAUCCUGGGACACUACUUUGUGCGCCGUCGUGCGUUUGCCAACGCCAUGUCCUCCACGGGCACGGCCCUGGGCAUGUGCACUCUGCCCCUCCUGGCUAACUACCUCCACUCUGAGCUGGGCUGGAGAGGAAGCUUCCUGGUUCUGGGGGCCGUCCUGCUCAAUUGCUGUGUGUGCGGAGCAGUGAUGAGGCCGCUCCAGCCGCCCACGCGCCAAGGCCCGCCCCUGAUGAGCCAGGGACCCCCUCCACCAGAGGAGGACAUUGUGAAGUUGGAGACUGGGUGGAUAAGGACAAUAUGGAACUACCUGCUGGCUUCCAUGAACAAACACAUGGCAUUUGGUCAGUUAUGCAACAACCCGCGUUACCGUGCGUACGCCAUCGGCAUCACCUGGAUGAUGCUGGGGUUUGUGGUGCCCUUGGUGUAUCUGGUCCCCUACGCCACAGCAAACAACAUAGAGCAGAGCCAGGCCGCGCUGCUGCUUACCAUCAUGGGCGUUGUCAACAUCGUAGUGCGCCCGCCCUUUGGCGUUGUUGCCAACAUGCCCUGGUUCAAAGGGCGCCACAUUUAUGUAUUUGCCUCGGCUUUGCUGAUCAACGGGCUCAGUAACAGUAUCUGCUGCAUCGGGCCCAGCUUCACUGUGCUGCUGUGGUACGUGAUCGUCUACGGCCUGUCCAUGAGUGUGGUGGGCUCCCUCAUGUUCACCGUGCUCAUGGAUACCGUGGAGAUGAGCUGCUUCCCCUCUGCCCUCGGCCUGCUCGCCAUCAUGGAGAGCGUCACACUGCUCAUCGGGCCUCCACUGGCAGGAAUCCUGAUUGACAGAACGGGCGAGUACUACCACGUCUUCUUUACCUGCAGUGCCGUCGUUUCCUCGGCCGCCGUGUUCCUCAUGGUGUCGUUUUACUGGCUGGAUAAGAAGGAGAGGAACGAGCCGAAGCCGAGUCAACCGUCCCCCCCGCCCGACCCCCCGAGGCCGGCAGGCGACGUAGCUCCGCGCUGUCAGUACAGCAGCGUGCCCACAGAGGGCUAACGGGGCCGAGUGAGUCACCGGCGUCCGAACCUGCUCUCAGCGUGAGUCGCCCUCGUCCCGCGUCACGCUCCGGCUCCGACAGGUUCGCAAAUAGCUCCUGAUGUUUGGCAGAUGGUGCAAUGUUUACUUUCCGCGGUUGAAAGGCUGCCCAGCCGAGCCCCGGCCGUCUGAUACGCCAUAAAAGUAAAGACAAAUACUAGGACUUGUUUGACCAAGGUUUGAUCCUGCAUACCAAAAUGAACAGAUGUGCACUUACAGCCACAAUGUGAUUGUACUGCUAAUUGUAAAAUGCUGCUGCUCUCAUCCACACGAUCACACAACAACUAUCACAGAGGAGGUGUCUGACUUUAUCAAGCCUGAAGAAAUCCUGUUUCCAGAUGUUUUCAAUGGGUGUUUAGCAUGUGACCUGAGAGGAUUCAAUAAUUAUAUUGUGAUAUUCAACAUCUGGUCCUAUAUUCUAAAAGGUUAAGCAGUGAAAUCAAGGUGGUGAAAAUACAAAGGAAUAAAUUAUCAAGGAAAAGGCUGGUUUUAUUAUUUUGUGUUUUUCUUAUAGUCAAAGAAAACAUCCCCCAAAGUCUCAGAUCCUAGUAGUACUACAUACUACUAAACUACAUAGUAGUUGGAAGGUGAUGAUCCGUCCGUCCCGUCGUCCAACAGGAAAUCUCAAAAACUUUCUUCAAAUUUCUUAGAAACAUUGGAAUCAACUAAAGGAUCAACUGACCAGAUUUUGGAGGUUGAAGAUCAAAUGUCAAGGUCACAGUGACCUCAUGUGAAUCUGGAAUCUUAUUUUAUUUGAUAUGAGUCAAGCUGCUUGUUCUUGAGAACAUGAUAUAUCAAGAACACGUUUCCUUAAGAACGUAUCAAGAUAAUUGUUUCAAAUUUGGCACAAAUGUUCACAUAGACAUAUGAAUCCAUUAGAUUCCUGUGGUCAAAGGUCACAAUGACCUUGCUUAAUUACAGGAGCAGAUAGUGCUUUUGUUUGAGACUCUUUUUAGCAGCGGAUUAAUACACAUUUGGCUCGAUGGGGAUAUGGGGACAUAGGACAGUGUGUGUGUGUGUGUGUGUGUGACUGAGGUAAAAUAUAUUACUGUGUGUGUGUGUGCGUGUGUGUGUGUGUGUGCGUGUGUGGGCGGUGAUUAAAGAAAAUGUCACCAAGUGCAACUGUGUGAAUUAUUUAGUUUCAGUACCACAGUGUGUCUGUGGCUCAGAGGAAUAUUGAUCCACAGACACACUGAGUUUUUUCGAAGGAUCUUUGAAAAUAAUAAAAAUCUCAAUGUAAAAUAAAACCAGUCUUCUUUUUAAUGUGAGUAGUAAUGUCAGUAGCUGAAGGACUGUUACAGUCAGAGUUGAUCCAGGUAUGAAAAUGAGGGUUGCUUGUUGUCCUGGUCUUUUCCCACAUCUUCUUAAAGCUUUAUUAAUUAAAUGUCCUCGUGGAGACAUUGAACAGCCUAACGGAUAUUACACCAUGUGAAAGAUUUGUUUCAGAUCUUUGAAGGAUCUUAGCAAAGAUUCUGUUGGUCGUACGCUGUCACAUGUAGAAAAUGAAUGUAUGCACAGUUCAAGUAAAAGAAUCCUGUUUCUUCUUUCGCCUGCUUUUCAUUCCUUUAAUGGAACAGUGCCUUUUCACAGAAGCUCAUAUCUUUAAAAGAACAUCGACAGCCACAGGAUGAUACCCGACACCUUCUGGAUCAGAAGCGGAUGAUUUCACACUUUGAAACAUUUCAGGAGAGAUUUAUCUGAAGGGCACUGAGAAGUCUGCACCGUACAAACAGACAUUUUCUCUGACACUGACUUCACCUUCAGUUCCAAUCAGUUUUCUCUCUUGAUGAAUGAACCGUGAGACGAUCACAGCGCCUGUUGACGUUUGAACAAAGCUGAUUUAUGUCAGAUUUAUGUGAAAUAUACACUUCAGGUAAUAACUGUAUCCCAGUAAACAAACUGUGUAACAAGAGAACCUAGUAGUCAUCUUUAGGGCUUGUCUUGCUUAGGGCCAAAUGAUGCCUUUAUUAUAAAUUCUUUAUUUAUAUAUAAAUAAAUAAAUGUUUGAAUAUCAAA